AUGUCUGAUCCAAAAGUUCGAAGAAAGCUUCUUGAUCUUAAAAUUACCAAUAAGUCUUUACUCACCAUAAAUGCUGACUAUGAAGAAAGAAUCAAAACCCAAUCUUCUAAAUUGUCUAUUUUACCCUCAUUUAAAUCGAUGAAAAAUGUGCAACAACUUCAACAUGAACAUAUAUCUAAAGUUGAACAAUUGAUGCGUGAAUUAUCUGUCAAAUUUUCAUCACAAGAAUCAGAAAUUAAAAACUUGAAAAACAGGCUAGAAGAAAAACAUUCGAAGCAACAACAAAAGGUGAGUCAGUUAAAUACGAAUAAUAAAUCCAAUGAAAGUUUUAUAUUUACAUUGGCAAAAUUUUCGAUCUUGGCUUUAUUAUAUGGGAUGUUAUUUAACCUAAAUUUUGAAAACAUAUGGGGAUUGCUAAAAAGCCUAGAGGAUCUUUAUUCUAUGAUACAAGAAACCUCCCAAUCAACUCGUUUCCAAGUAUAA